CAGGACUGCGCUUCUCCACAAGGCUCAGGAUGUAAAGCGAUGUGCACAUGAUCCGCACCCAUUCACACUUCUCUCUGCAAUGAAUCCCUAGGCAGUGCUGUCGGAUCGGACGUGGCGUUUGGAUGCAGGAACAUGAGGGCGAGAGACAGCAGGGCGCCGGCAGUGCCCAGGUUGGUGUUCCUCCAGCGGGACGGGGCAACGGGAUGGGUGGAGCUCCAGUCGAGGACAUGCAGGCGCUGUCAAUCACGUCUCUCUCCGCCUCCGAGGUAGAGCAGCAGUUCGAGCUGAUUGGUCCUCUGGGGAAAGGCACCUACGGCAAAGUCGACUUGGUAGUGCACCGGACGCAGGGUACUAAAUUGGCUUUGAAGUACGUGAGCAAGAACAAGACAAAGCUGCGUAGUUUUCUGCGUGAAUACAGUCUGAACGCAGCACUCGGCUGCAGCCCGUUUAUCAUCAAAGUCCUGAACGUUCUCUUUGAGACGGAGGACAGCUAUGUGUUCGGCCAAGAGUAUGCGCCUGCUGGAGACCUGUUCGACAUCAUCCCACCUCAGGCCGGUCUGCCGGAGGAGAUGGUGAAGCGCUGUGUUCAGCAGCUGGGUUUGGCUCUGGACUUCAUGCACAGCAAGAGUCUCGUCCAUCGUGAUGUGAAGCCAGAAAACGUUCUGCUUUUCGACCGCGAGUGCCGGCGUGUGAAAUUAGCGGAUUUAGGCAUGACACGGCGGUCGGGCAGCCGAAUCAAGCGGAUCAGCGGCACAAUACCGUACACGGCCGCCGAAGUGUGUCAGGCCUCAGUCUCUGAGGGGAUCAUCGUGGCCACGACGCAGGAUGUGUGGGCUUUUGGGGUUCUGCUUUUCUGCAUGCUGACCGGGAACUUUCCAUGGGAGGCAGCGUUGCCGAAUGAUGCAUUUUUUGCAGAGUUUCAACGAUGGCAGCGGGGGGCGUUUCCUCCUGGCGCCGUUCCCUCCCAAUGGCGGCGCUUUUCUGACGAUGCACUACGUAUGUUUGGUCGACUGUUGGCGCUGGAGCCAGAGCGGAGGUGUGGCGUUAAAGAGGUUUUCUACUUCCUGAAAUACGACCUGCUCAAUCAUCACCGCCGAAGAGCUUCCUGUAGAAUGUCUAGGGGAGGAGCCACACAUUGUUCCGCCCACAGACACGCAGACCCCUCCCCUCCAUCAGGCACUUCCUGUUUACGCCCCACCCCCCUGAAACGUAGCAUCCUAUCCGAACCGCACUCUUCUAGAGAGGAAUCCUCCAAAAGCCCGUCGCCAAACCGCCAAGACAAGAGCAAAGUGAUGAUGACCACUCCUAUUGAGAUCUGCGUAUGAAGCCAAAACCGGGUCUUAAAGUGUAUGACAAUUCUUGGGAUGACAGCAUUAAAGGUAGCAAUAUAAUUACAGAAGUACUACUGGAAAACGUGUGCACAAGAAGGACAACAUUGUGGGUGUUUUGAUGAAGAAGAGGCGUAAAUGUAGACUGUUAAGAAGUAGACUUUGAAACCUUAUAGUACAAGAAGAUCACAGUAACACCUUCGGUAGGUCACGCUAGCUCUAGACACUGGUAGAUUCACCGGUAAAUGUGUAUUCAAUGAAAUAGUUUUCAUUUUGAAGGAAUAGUUCACUCUGAAAUGAGAAAGAAGGAGCAUUUACCUCUCAUGUCAUUCCAAAGCUGUAUGACUUUCUUUCUUGUGCGGAAAUAAAUUGAAGGAAUACUUUACAAUGCUCCGUAAUGUAGCUGUCAGGAUCCUGAAAUGACAUAAAGCACAAUAUUCAGAGCCAUCUAAAGCCACACACUGCUUUUCGUACUUAGUUUUUGACUUAUUUUUAGUCUAAAAAUCUAAACAUUCAUAAAUCAGGAAACAUAUAUA